AUGCGAAACGUGAGCCAGCGACUCAAUCAAAUCGUUGACACUUACGAUCGAUAUCUAACACUCACCACACUGGAUGUCUCGUACAACAAAAUCGGAGCUAAAGAAGCACAACAUCUCAGUAAUGCAAUACGACAUAACACAACACUCACCACACUGCAUCUCAAUGGCAAUCAAAUCGGAGAUGAAGGAGCACAACAUCUCGCUGAUGCACUACGAAUUAACACAACACUCACCACACUGCAUCUCAAUAGGAACGGAAUCGGACAUGAAGGAGCACAACAUCUUGCUGAUGCACUACGAAUUAACACAACACUCACUACACUGAAUCUCCACGACAACAAAAUCGGAGAUGAAGGAGCACAACAUAUGGGUGAUGCACUACGAAUUAACAUAACACUCAACACACUGAUUCUCGGGAACAACCGAAUCGGAGUCAAAGGAGCACAACGUAUCGGUGAUGCACUACGAAAUAACACGACACUCACUACACUGAAUCUCCAUGGCAAUCAAAUCGGAGAUGAAGGGGCACAACAUUUCGGUGAUGCACUACGAAUUAACAAGACACUCAUCACACUGGGUCUCUCGUUCAACCGAAUCGGAGAUGAAGGGGCACAACAUCUCGGUGAUGCCCUGCAAAAUAACACAACACUCACCACGUUGAAUCUCGGGUGCAACGGAAUCAGAGAUGAAGGAGCACAGUAUAUUGCUGAUGCACUACGAAUCAACACAACACUCACCACACUGGAUCUCAAUAGAAACGAAAUCGGAGAUAAAGGAGCACAACAUCUCGUUGAUGCUCUGCGAAAGAACAGAGUGGUACUUUAA